AUGCCAGUAGCAUCCAAAGUUAUGAGGCAGAGCAAGGGUGUCCAAGCCUCUCUUCCAGGACCUAACAACCCUGAUACUCCCCCAGACAGUCCGACUACACAGCUACCCAAUCCUUUUGAGUUUGCCAAACAAUUUUUAGACGCACUCAAGUCUAUUCAGACAUCUGAGCCUAAGGGUACCUCUUCAGCUGCCGAGACUAACGCCCAACAAUCUGAACCAAUUUCUCGAGCUUCGAAGCUAGAAGUUAAGGAGGUCCAUGAAGUUUGGAACCCCAAGGCGUACGAGUACAAGGUUGUUGAAUCUCCUCCAGCUGUUGAGUUGACCGAAUUGGAUACAUAUGUCUUUGUUGUGCGUACUCGCGUUGAGAGGACAAGCUUAAAGUCCACGACCUAUGUCGACAUCAAGUCAGAAGAUCUACGGGACAUUCUGAGAAUCGUGCUAAAGGACAUCAAAUGGCUUAGCCUCGGUGAAGACAAACCUGCCAUUGAGCAGAACUUAUUGUUUCACUACCUCUCUGAGCUCGAAGCAUAUCGAGUUGGGGUAGCGAAUGGCUCUAUCGCUGAUCGUAAUAGUAUCGACGCUCUGGAUCUGUUGAUUCACACCAUUAAGAACCGAUACAAGGCUACCGCCGAACGUCUCAACCCACUUCUAAAAGAAGGCAAAAUCACUUAUGAUCUUCUUUGGGCGCUCUUUAAAGCGAACGAUUAUAUCAUUUCGAUCUGUCCGGGAAGUGGUAAGCCAAAAUGCCUUAGGUACGAGAUGGGUGAAGAGAAGAAGACAGAGCAAGGUGUGAAAUACUUCGAGUUGCAUUGUCAGUAUCUCGAUUUUGACGGGAAGGUGUUCGGAACGGUCCACGCUAAACUCAUUAUCGAGAAAUUCGGUGGAGCCAGACGGAUCAACACCUUAAAUGCAUUCCCCCUCGAGUUCCACCCCAAUCCUAAGAAGAUGAGGGAACAUCUUGCAGCCCGCGGUCAAAAGUUCAUAAAUCUGGUGGGAAUUCACCACCAGAGCUAUAGAGGACAAGCCUUCUUCCAGCGAAAAGAUGAUCUUAUUCGAAAGACAAUCAGCUCGAGGAUCAUAAUUGAUGCCGAACAAUUUCGAAAGAGCAUUCCGAGUUAUCCACGAUUCUUCACUAAAAGCUCAGACUUGGAUCUGCACGAAGAUGACUGGCUUCUUUGCUCCCCGACGGUAAUGGGAUUCAGUUUGCGUGAUAAAUUCUGGGGCGAAUAUGCCGUCGAGGAUAUACGACCCAUUGAUUGGUCUGACUUACCCUUCGCAACUCUGACGAUUCCCUCCCAUAAGAAAGAGGUUAUUUUAGCCAUUACCCAGAACCGUUUGGGUCAGCCGAUUCAAGAUAAACAACCUGGCCGUCCAACAACGUUUGACGACGUUGUUGAAGGAAAGGGGCGUGGUAUUAACAUACUCCUACAUGGUCCUUCCGGAGUAGGAAAGACGUUCGCAGCAGAGGCACUUUCUGAGCACUUUCAUCGGCCGCUGUACUCGAUUUCGGCAGGGGAAUUAAGCUUAAAUGCAGCAGAACUGGAAGAGCAGCUUGAUCGUAUCUUUCGGACGGCAAAAGCAUGGAAUGCACUCCUCUUAAUGGAUGUAUUCCUGCAAGAGCGUUCCCGGCUCAGUCUCGACCGGAACUGCCUUGUAGCGGUCUUCCUUCGCAAAUUGGAGUUCUAUGAUGGAGUCUUUUUCCUAACUACUAACCUACUUAAUGACUUCGAUGCCGCUAUUCUGAACAGGAUCCACCUGAAGUUGAAAUAUGACGACCUCGAUAAAGGUGCGAGAAAGAACAUAAUUACUCAGUUCUUGAAGGCAAUAGACGAAGGCGCGGGGUUCCCAGGUAUCAGCACAGAAUACAUGGACCGUUUUGCUUGUGUCCCGCUCAACGGUCGCCAGGUAAAUGACCCGAGCGAGCGAGGGUAUCAUUUUAAUGACGACUUACAGAUUAGAAAUACUAUCUCCACGGCGAACGACUUGGCCAACGGGAAAGGGGAGCGUCUAUCCUCUUCUCACAUCUCUCAGGCCCUAGACACAAGCGGCUAUGUGGUCCCUAAGUUGGGUGAUAUAUCGAUGGACGAUAGCUUGUAUGAAUGA